UUUAGUUGUCAGUUUCAUAGUAACAAUUGCAGAAAUGGCUGAGUUGUUGUCGGUACCGUUAAAAAAAUCCACGGAUGUAGAUAUCGUGAAACCGCUGCGGAACCUAAUCCAGGCCACGUACAGCGGCGCCGGUGGCGCGGAUGACUACAAUGAAGCGCUGGCAGAGCUCGCGCGGAUGCGGUCCAACGCGAUCUGGAAGAUCUUCGACAAGACUUCUCUCGAUAUGAUCUACAGCUACUAUGACCAGCUGGUGUCGCUGGAAAGUAAGGUGCCACCGCAGGAGGUCCAGAUCCCUUUCAAGUGGAAAGAUGCCUUUGACCGCGGGUCUCUUUUCGGUGGCCGGAUUACUCUCACGGUGAGUUCGCUGGCGUACGAACGCGUGUGCGUGCUAUUCAAUAUGGCCGCGGCGCAGAGCACGCUGGCGGCGCAGCAGCCGCUCGACACCGAGGACUCGCUGAAGCUGGCCGCCAAGUUGCUGCAGCAAGCGGCCGGCAUCUUCGAAUAUUUGAAAGCUAACGUGCUGAUUGCGGUGCACCAAGAGCCGACCCCCGACUUGUCGGCCGACACGCUGUCGGCACUUUCGCUGCUGAUGCUGGCUCAAGCUCAAGAAGUCAUCGCCUACAAGUGCAUCCGCGACGAGAUGAAGGACUCCAUGGUGGCCAAGGUGUGCGCGCAGUGCGAGGAGCUGUACACGGACGCGCUGCGCUCGCUGCAGAAGCAGAGCCAGCUCUGGGACCGAGACUGGAUUCCCACGGUGACGGCGAAGCAGAUGGCGUUCCGCGGGCUGACGCAGCUGUACCAGGCGCUCGCGUGUCGCGCCAACCAGGCGGUGGGCGAGCAGAUCGCGCGGCUGCAGCUGGCCGUGGAGCAGCUGAAGGGCGCGUGCUCGCGGCUGGCGUCGUCCUCCGGCGCGCCGGCGCCGCUGGCCGAGGCGCUGGCGCGCGCGCAGCGGCAGCUGGCGGCGGCCGUCAAGGACAACGACUUCAUCUACCACGACCGCGUGCCCGAGGCGCAGCAGCUGGAGCCCGUGGCGCGCGCCGCCAUCGCCAAGGCGCUGCCGCCGCCCGAGCGCUGGGCCGGCGGCCGCGACCUGUUCGCGCAGCUGGUGCCGCUGGCCGUGCACCAGGCGCUGCAGGCCAGCGCCGCGCGCCGCACCGAGCUCGUCAACGCCGAGAUCGACAAGCUGCGCGAGGCCACGCAGCUGCUCAACAGCAUCCUGGCGUCGCUGUCGCUGCCCGCCUGCAUCGAGGCGCCGGCCGGCGGCGGCCUGCCCGCCUCCAUCCGCGACAAGGCGGCGGCCGUGCGCGGCGCCGGCGGCCUGCCCGAGCUGCGGCGGCUGAUGGCCGAGCUGCCCGAGCUGCUGCAGCGCAACAAGGACAUCCUGGACGAGGCCGAGCGGAUGCUGCGCGAGGAGGAGGAGGCCGACGCCGCCCUGCGCGCCCAGUUCGGCGCGCGCUGGACGCGCACCGACAGCGCCAAGCUCACCGAGGCCUUCCGCGCCAACGCCGCCAAGUACGCGCAGAUCAUCGACAACGCCGUGCGCGCCGACAACAUCGUGCAGCAGAAGUUCCAGCAGCACCGGGAGGCCAUCGCGCUGCUGGAGCGCGGCGACGGCGAGCUGCAGGCCGAGCUGCCGGCGGCGCCCGAGGACGCGGCGGGCGCGGAGGGCGCGGAGGAUAAAGAAGUAUGUAAAGACUAG